AAAAUAACAGAAACCAUGGGCCUCCGGUGCCCUCUUCCCGGGAGAGGCUGCAGUGUCCCACCCACUGCCUCUGCGCCCACCAUUAUUGUGUAGGCCAUGCUAGUCCUGCCCCCCUUGAUGCCUAGAGAGGAGAAGGUCCAACAGGGGCCCCAGGAGGGCAGAACCAUUGGACUGGUGCCGGGACUCUCUGAGCUUCUCCCUAACUGCAGAACAGGCCCGUAGCUACUCACAGAGCUGUGAAAAAGUUGAAUGAUAUUUGUCAGUGUUGAGUCUGCAGCUCAGGUAGUCAUUCAGAGGGCAGACCCAGCCCGGGCUCUGACACUUGGGCAUGGGAACCACUACCAUGCCUCAGUUUCUCCAUCCGUAAAUGGAUGUAAUCAUGGCACCCACUGCUGGGGGUGAUUGCAAGGAUUGAGAAGAUGAGGCAAGUAGCGUUGCCAGCAGGCCACCUGGCCAACGCUGCAUGCUCCAUGCCCACUGGUCUGCCAGGCAUUAGAGCUCUCGCCACAGCAAACAGAAGCUCAUCUGGGGCGAUAUUCACAGCGUUUGUCUAGGCGAUGGGCCCCCUUGACUUUGGCCAAUCAGAGCAGGUGCCAACAAAGCUGCAGGUUGGCUAGAUUGGGGGGAGGGGGACACUGCCUGGCUCCCAGGUCAAGGAUGAGGACAACAGAGCAGAGUGUGUGUGAUGUGUACGUGUUAGAGUUCACUGUCGCUGUCACAAUCCUGAGGGUGCUUGGCCUUGUUCUGUGCCAGCUUGAGGUCCACCCAAGUAGGCCAUUGUGAUUCUUAUUGAUGGUGACAGGGUGGCUCCCCAGCCCCAGGGAGCUGCCUGGGGUGAGGUCUUGGAUUAAGUUCCGGGGCCAAAGGUGGGGCAAGAGGGCUGUUUCUGGGGUCCUCAUCCCAGCCCAACCCCACCCGCCAGCCCAAGGGCUGGGGAAGCCUGAGGAUGCUAGCGUGUGCCCCAAACCUCAGCUGGGGACACGUGUACAGUUUAACUUAGUAACACACCUGUCGCGGGUAAAAGCACUUGUGGCCGAAGGUUAUUUUCGGCGUCUCUUUAGUAAGCUGCUGAUACUGCCCGGCGGCUGGCGGGAGGGAGCGGGCGGGUGAGCAGGUCCUGAAGGACCCAGCACAAAGGCCACGGCCGGUAAGGGCAGCAGGGAGGUGGCUCAGGCCGUGACAGGAGCCAGUAGGGCACAGGCUAGUGGGGACAAGGCUGGGUGAACACAGAACGUCGGGGAGACUCGAGGAGACUCACGGAGGUCUGGGCCCGGGUGACUGACGAGCUCUUCAAGAGGAGCGAGCCCCGCUGUGCAAGGUCUCCGUGGUGACAGGCCACCUCCUGGCCUGACAGGUGACCCAAGUGGCUGUCAUCAGGCUGCCCAGGCAUGUGUGUGCGCGUCCACCGUGGGGUUGACAACAGGAGCUAGUCAGUGAGAAAGAAAUCGGUGUACGCUGGGGUCUGGUCUAGUCAAGGGUCCCCUGGACAAACCCUCAGGGAGGGGUGAGGGUAGAGGGAGUCUUCUGUCUCUGGCGCCCCAAAGUGAGGUGCCCAUUAUUAACCCUUCGCUGCUCAUAAGGUGACUAUUCCUGAGAGCUGGUGUUUCCAUUCUGAGCCCCAGGAGUUUUUAAGAUCGUUUAAACUGGGAAUGCAAACAAGUAUCAACUUGCAUGAGCCAUUGCGGCUGACAGGGGGUAGCUGCCCUAAGAGCUGUGUUAAGAAGGAUUCAGAGCCUCGGUAACAGAGUACUGGACUGAUUCUCACAGACUAUCUGUUUCGGAGAGGCACAGACUGUCUGUUUCGGAGAGGGGAGAUGUGGCGCAUAUGCACACUUUUCUGAGCCAACACUGACCUCAGAUCCAUGGCUUCUAAACUUCUGCUAAGUAGGAAGCUCCUUAUUGAAAUAAAAGAUCGUGCGGCACCCCGCACAUACGCUGAGCAGAAUGGAGCUUUUUUGGCUGAAGGUGGGGAAGACAGAGGAUAACCCAAGUUCUAAAGGUUGGGAGCAUGGAACAGAAGGGGGCCAGCACCCCCUCCUCUGGCCACUGAAGCACCACUUGAGAACUCUAGGGCCGGGUUGAGGGCCAUUGCAGAUGAGGAAACUGAGGCCAGGCCUGAGACUCAGGCAGACAGCACCCCUGGGCUAGCCCUGGCCACCGUGGGAACUCACAGCAAGCCCAGGCUGCCCCUUCCUAACCACGCUGCAUCUACGGCACCAUGUCCACAAGGGCAGGGCAAUGUUUGUCCCCCAUGUCCUCAUGAGGCCAGGACAUCCUGAGGGCCUGCUGGGCACUGGGCCCACAGCUCUGCAUAUCCUCGAGGCGUUCUCUCAGCAGCCCCGCAGCAGGAACAGUGAGGCUUGGAGAGGUUAGAAGACCUAUGAUCUGAAGGGCAAAUGGAGACUUCGCACCACCCAAAGCAGGCAGACUCAGUGAUGAACGGCAGCAGCCACUCACCAACAGCUAUCAAUGGCGCCCCAUCCACACCCAACGGCUUCAGCAAUGGCCCAGCCACCUCAUCCACGGCCUCCCUCUCCACACAGCACCUGCCUCCAGCCUGUGGUGCACGGCAGCUCAGCAAACUCAAGCGCUUCCUCACCACACUGCAGCAGUUUGGCAGUGACAUCUCCCCAGAGAUUGGGGAGAGGGUGCGCACCCUGGUGCUGGGACUUGUGAACUCCACGCUGACCAUUGAGGAGUUUCACUCCAAGCUCCAGGAGGCCACCAACUUCCCUCUGCGGCCAUUCGUCAUCCCCUUCCUGAAGGCCAACCUGCCCCUACUGCAGCGUGAGCUUCUGCACUGUGCCCGCCUGGCCAAGCAGACACCCGCCCAGUACCUGGCCCAGCAUGAGCAGCUCCUGCUGGAUGCCAACGCCUCUUCCCCCGUUGAUUCCUCGGAGCUCCUGCUGGAAGUCAAUGAGAACGGCAAGAGGAGGACCCCUGACAGGACCAAAGAGAAUGGGUCAGACCGUGACCCGCUGCACCCUGACCACCUCAGCAAACGGCCAUGCACCCUGAGCCCUGCCCAGCGCUACAGCCCUAGCAAUGGGCUGAGCCAUCAGCCCAAUGGGCUGCCCCACCCCACGCCACCGCUGCCCCAGCACUAUCGCCUCGAGGACAUGGCCAUGGCCCACCACUUUCGUGAUUCCUACCGCCACCCUGAUCCCCGGGAGCUGCGGGAGCGCCAUCGGCAAGUUGCAGUGCAUGGGUCCCGGCAGGAGGAGGUCAUCGACCACAGGCUUACGGACCGUGAGUGGGCUGAGGAGUGGAAGCACCUCAACAAUCUCCUGAACUGCAUCAUGGACAUGGUGGAGAAGACACGGCGCUCACUGACUGUCCUGCGCCGGUGCCAGGAGGCCGACCGCGAGGAGCUCAACCACUGGCUGCGGCGCUACAGUGAUGCCGAAGACCUGAAGAAGGGCCCCCCGCCCACUGCACGCCCCCUCAGCAGCUCUGCAGAGGGGCCUCCAGCAGGUGGUGCCACCCCAGGGCCCAGGGACAGAGACCCAAUUUUGUACGCCCAUCGGGAGUUCGUGCCCAGGAGCCUCUCCAGUUACAUGCCUGAGGAGAUCUGGAGGAAGGCUGAGGAGGCAGUGAACGAGGUAAAGCGGCAGGCCAUGUCAGAGCUGCAGAAGGCCGUGUCAGAUGCUGAGCGCAAGGCCCACGAGCUCAUCAGCACGGAGCGUGCCAAGAUGGAGCGGGCACUGGCCGAGGCCAAGCGGCAGGCCUCCGAGGAUGCGCUGACCGUGGUCAACCAGCAGGAGGACUCCAGCGAGAGCUGUUGGAACUGCGGACGCAAGGCAAGCGAGACCUGCAGCGGCUGUAAUGCCGCGCGCUACUGCGGCUCCUUCUGCCAGCACAAGGACUGGGAGAAGCACCACCAUGUGUGUGGCCAGGGCCUGCAGGGUCCAGAGGCCAUGGGCACUGACCCUGUCCCCAGGCAGCCCGAUGAUGCUGCCACCAGCCUGGGCCCCUCCCUGCCCAUGGGCUCUACCAGCCCCAGUGAGGCAGGCUCCGCAGGACCCUCCCGCCCCUGCUCCCCUGGCCCUCCUGGCCCACUGGACGCAGCGCCCCGCUGACACUCCCAGACCCUGACACCUGGCCCACGGAAGUCAGGCCCUGCUGACCCUCCCAGCUCGCUGGACGCCGUGCCCCGCCCGGCUGGCCCCAGAGAGCCCGACCGACGGAGUCACUGCUGCUACUGCUUCUCUCCAAAAGAAAACAGAACCAACAAAACUGCAUCCAAUGCAACCUCCUCAGCUACCUGACGACUCAUCCGACGACCUCCUGACCACCUGUCUCUUGGCGAGCAUCCUCAGAAACCUCGACUGGGCUUGGGACAGUGGGGCUGAUGCCGGCCCCAGGAGGUGCCUCAGUGACCAGACUGCCCCCUCUCCCUCUUUCUGGCUCCGCCUUUCCCUCUUCUUCCUCCUCUCUUUGCUUCUCUCUCUUUCUCUUUUCUCUCUCUUUGUGAAUUUUACACACUUUCUUUUUAAUGAAAAAAAUCCAAUUCUUUGGUGGCUUAUAUUUUCAGCAAAGAUUUUUUGGGUUUUUAUUUUGUUCUCUUGGCAAAAGAGCUCCUCAGAAAUGGACAAAGAAAACUGUGGGUUUUUUUUUCUCCCCUCCCAAUUAAAAAGGGAAAAGAGAACUCUUCUUUUCUAGCCGAAGACCUCAGCUGCUGUGUCGCCGAAACCACCCUGGGCACGUGUGGACACAGCCAGGACGGCAAGAAAGAUUUCAACUUCAGACUCAAGAGGCAUUUUUGGUUUCGGUUGAUUUUUCUUUUUCUUUAAUGUCAACUCUUUGGCUUUAAGUAAAAAUCCAAAAAGAUUUUUUUAAGAAAGUAAAGGAAGCAUACCUGUAAACUACCUUGCUAGCUAGCCAGCCAAGGAUACCGGACACACCUCUGCUCCAAAGGAAAUCCAAAAAGCAAACGCAAGAAAUCAAAAUCCAAAAUGGUUUGGUCACUGCCAAAGUAUUUUUUUCACUGUUUUAUUCCACUCUUAGGUUUGUUUGGAUGUCAGUCUCUUUCUUUUGUUUUCAUUUUUGGGGUGUUGGGAUAUUGGGGUUUCAGGGGUGUUUGCCCAACAAGAAGUGACCCUUUAUUUCUUUCCCACUAAGCAGCCGCGCCUUUGCUGGGUGAAGCUGGAUGGAGCGAUGGAGGCCCAGCCCUGCCAUGCACCCACAGGCCCGGUCUGUGUGCACACAUGUCUUGUGUGCAACACCUGUCUGCGUGCACACACAUAUCUGUGUGCACACACAUAUCUUGUGUGCACCUGUCUGUGCGCACACGUCAGUGUGUGCACAGCACGCAGCUGCGAGUCUCCGUGUGUGUAGAGGUUAGAUACCUCUGUCUGUCCUCAUGCCCUCUAUGAAUUCUCAUCACAUUUGAUUUUUCCACGUGUGAAAAAGAAGUGCUAACGUGUGCUCCCCAGAGAGCACAUUGUUCCAAGAUGAAACUGUGACAAUCUUGUGGGUUGAUUCUGGACUGCUUUCAAAGUGUGAGGAGAUGGCAACUGUGCCUGCAAUGACCACAUCCGGUUGUUCCUCCUCUACCUCUCCCUCUGCCCUGUGCCGCACCUCCAGGCUCCUCUCAGCCCCCAGCCCCCGAGUCAUACCACAGCUACUCUCCUUUCUUCCAAACUUUUGCAGGGGGGAAAAAAAAAACUCCAAACAAAAGCAGCCUGCCCUCACCUCACCUGCAAAGACUCUUGGAUCAGCUGUAUAUAACCCUUGUGUUCCUGUCCAGCUGCCUCCCAGACCUGCUGGCCUCCAGCCUGUGGUGCAACGGGCUGUUUCCUCCCCAACUCGUCCCCUCCCACGCUCACCCUCGCCACCCACCACUCGAAGCCCUCAGCGAUUUCAAGGAGGAGAUAAAGGAGUAAGAAAGCUCCGCUUGUGCUCAGAGAACAAACGGGGUGUCGGUGAUCUCGCACGAUCUUGCAUCGCUGUCAAAAGCUCCAAGGAUGAGAGUGCAAUACGGAGAACGAUCCCAGCUACUGAACCGGGGUUCCUGGAGGACCCCCGCCGAGAGGCAAGAAGUCAAUAUUGUACGUUAAUGUGAAUGUAUAUAGUCAUUGCAGAGGUCCAAAUAAUGAUAUUCCUGGUGGUGAUGAUAAUAAUAAAGAAGAAAUGUUUGCCAAAUAAAAAAAAAAAAAAUUAAGAGAAACCACAGAAGUAUGUGACAUGUAGGAGACAGAUCUUCAGUGAAAGUGGAACCGUGACCCUUAGGGAGCAUGGCUGGUUGAGUGUUGCUAAUUUCCAGAGUUGUAAACAUUCUUUCUUUGAGCACUGAAGGAAGGAUUCGACUGAGUGCCACAGAUGAGGCCUGUCCCAAAACACGCCUGGCAGCUGAAACUUAACUCUGAAGGUCGCCGCCAUAGGUAGAUUUCACUCUGCAGAAGUUCCCAGGUCCCCUCCGCCUUGCUCAUCUCCCAGUGUCGCGAGUACCUCCAGCUCUCCAGGGUUUGCUUUUGCUGGUUUCAGAAAAGCAAGGGCCAAUUUGGGAUUUGGGUUCUCUAUCAGGAAGUGGAAGACUAGUGGUUGGUGUUGCCAGUUUGCGUGCACUGAGUCCUUCAGUGUCUCAGCCUCAGACACAUCCAUGAACUGGACCUGCCCCCUCUCCGAGGUGGACUCCUUUGACUCCAUCCUCACCCCCAUUCUCCCACCUGGCAUCUUUGUGUGUCCCCCUGUGCCCUUGAGGAUGGUGGGACAGUUGGCCACGUGGUUACAAAGGCCCCAAGUGAUCAGUAGGGAGGUAGGCACUGUGUUUUUGGAGGAAAGUAGGGUCAUGUCUGCAGAGGGCAGGGGCACUGAUGUUGUGCAGCCCAUGGGAUUGCGUGGCCCCUAAUGCCAUGUGUCUGGUGGGGUGUGUGGCUCAUAGGGUGCACAGUCCAUGGAGUGUGUGGCCCAUGGGGUGCACAGUCUGUGGGGUGUGUGGCUCAUGGGAUAUGUGGCCUAUGGGGUACACAGCUGUGGGGUGUCUGUGAACAUCCUGGGCAUCACUGGAGGUCUGAUGAGGCAGCCUAGGGCUGACACAGGGGCUACUUCCUCGGUGACUGAAAUCCUUGCUGGUCAGGAGUUUAGAGGGGCUUGCUUCCUGGGGAGGCGCUGGCCUGAGCUGAGCCUUAGGGGAACCCUUCACCUGGAGACAUGCUCUUCAGCAUGAAAACCCCUUUUCUUCAAUUCCUCUCACUGGGUCCCUCUCAGGGACAAGUGGGUAUGCAGGAGGGUAACAUGGUUGGCCAGCACCCACGGGCUGGGCCACAGGGCUGAGGCUCCGAGAUUAGGCAGUCCAUUGGGAAGAUAAUGUCCCCCUGAAGCCAACUCUGAAAUGCCCAGUUUCCCAGAGUAUGCCCUACUGUGCACCAAGAAACCCACCCACUGGGGUCUUGCCAACAGAAAGAGCCCUUGCCAGCUGAAAGCAUCAGAAUUGGGGGAUGGCAGCAAGAUGGGGGGAACUUGUUGGGGAGGAACAGACCCAGAGAUGGCAGGAGGGGAGUCCUGGGGUGUGUUAGGGAGCUCUGGGCGGGUAUUGGUAGGAUCAGAGGAAGCCAGGCAGCCCCUCCACCCAGGGGGCUCCCAGAAGGCAGUGGCAUUUCCUGGGAUGGUCUGGAGCCUUUUUUGUCAGUGACUGUGCUUGGCUCCUCCGGCCAAAGACCUCACAGGGCUGAACCAAACUCAACAGCAGGUGGAGUUUUCACCUUGGGAGCUGUGGGGCUGGCAAGCAGCCCCUCUUCCCCGCCCCCCCACCAUCUGCACUGCGAGCGCCAGACUCAUUCCAUGCAGAGGGGGCGUCUAGAGGGAAGGUAUCGCCAGAACCCCUGGGUUUGCCAGACUCAUUCCAUGCAGAGGGGGCGUCUAGAGGGAAGGUAUCGCCAGAACCCCUGGGUGGGCUGGGGUGAGCGGCCUCUGCCUCUGUCUCCUACCUUCUGCUCAGAGCACCAUCCUGCCCUGUACCUCCACGAGCUCACUGACCACUGACCCAGAAACCACUGUGUCCCCUCCCCACACAGCCACCACCAAGCCCAUACUCCCAGUUGAACCAAAAGCCCUGUGAGCCCCCACUCCUCACAGAAAUCCCAAACCAAAUGGCAGCUUCAGCUCUCCAUUCUGAGGCCAAAGCUGAGACAGGACGCCUGAGAGAGGCAGGAAGGCAAGGCGGUGGCCAGGGCUCCCCCGGCCCCGCAGACAAUCCCUUAGGUAGGCAGAUGGGCAGAUGGGUAGGCGUGGCCCCUUGGCUCUCCCCAGAACCUCCUCAUGUCCUCAUUGCCUUUUCUACCCCGGCUGUGGGCUGGUCUUUCUCAUGGGAAGUGUCCCAGCCCCAAACAUUUGUCUGGGAGAUUUUCUGUUAGAUCUUCUCAUGGGGUCUGGGAGAACUAGCUGCCCACCCAGGGAAGUCCCUCCAGGCCUUUCCUACAGCGAGGACUAAGGCAGAUACCAGUGUCCCCAUUCUACAUGUGGAUGCAGCUCAUUAAGAUUAAAGGGGGAAGUCUUGGGUGUCCCCGGGUGGCCAAGUACAAAGCUAGAGAAGGCCUCUAAGGGCUCAGGAGGGAACAGGCCAUGAGAACAGGAGGAGCCACCUCCCUGAAAGGGAGAGGGUUCCAUGACAGAAGAUGGGCAGAAAGGCCUGGGCUGAAUACGUUUUGGUUUCAUCCCAACAGCGUGGUGGAAAGAGAUCAGAACUGACCCUAAUUUUCUCCUAUUUGUCAAUUUUUCCAAAUAGGUACUCAAGCUGACACCAAAGCCCC